ACUCCAAUCACAUGAUAUAUCCAUUUUUGAUAGAAGCAAACAUGACUCAAAGGCUGCAAUCACCCGGUCCAGAUAUAGUAGCAAAGCUCUGCUCCCUAUCUGAUGAUCUACUUGCAGAACUGUGCCAGAAGGUCAUUGUCUUGAUUCAGAAUAAAACAGAAUAUGUCAACAGUGGAAUAUUUUAUGGAAGACUACAAAACAGUGGAGUAGCAUUUCGACAGUCCGACAUUGAAGACAUGAUAGAUGGAAUGCUCAGUAUUUUUCAGUUUGCUAUAAGUAAAAACAUGGAUGCCAGCACACUGGUGAAUGAACUGGCAAGAGCCAGCACUAAAUGGACAGAAACAGCUCUUCAAGUUGUGAAGAAGCUUUGGCUUGAAAACUUUCAAAUGUCUCACACAAAGUCUGUUCCCAAAAUCCUGCAUACAGGCAAGUUGAUAAACCUGCAGUGGAAACUGACAAUGGCAAUGAGUGCUGACUCUUACAAGAAUGUGACUACGCCGUUUGUUACCAUAACAAUGCAUGUGGCUGAUCCUUCAGGACAACUACAGCUACAUACUAUAGAAAUGACUUUGUCAGAGUUGCAGACAUUUUCUGAAACAUUCAGAGAAAUUUCAGCAUCCCUCAGCAUGGUUUAGAAACAGAAAAUUGCAGCUGAUGUCAAGCAUUGUUUCUAUUAUAUAUCAUUUUUGCCAAAAGUAAUUCUUGUGGAUUUAAGAAGAAUAUAUUCUUCGACUCUCUACAACUGUGAAAUGAAUAAAGUAGGCAUUAAAAAGUGUAUUGCUAUUCUUGUACAGAUAUAUAUUUUGUCAUUAAAAAGCAUUUAUUAUUACCAUUCUUA